AGAGAGAGAGAGAGAGAGAGAGAGAGAGAGAGAGAGAGAGAGAGAGAGAGAGAGAGAGAGUCAGCACGCAGCAGUAAGAAGGAGAAUAGCCAAGGAUGGAAAUGCGUGCUGAUCUUCUAAAGAGCAUCUGGUACGCGUUCACCUCACUGGAUAUGGAGGACAGCGGGAAGGUGUCUAAAUCACAGCUAAAGGUGUUGUCUCACAAUUUGUACAGUGUGCUGCGGAUCCCUCAUGACCAGGCAGCACUAGAACAGCACUUUAGUGACGAUGAUGAUGGUCCUGUUUCCAGCCAGGGCUACAUGCCCUACCUCAACAAAUUCAUUUUGGAUAAGGUUGUGGAGGGGACAUUUGAUAAGGAGGAGGUGGAUGAGCUCUGCUGGACUCUCUGUUCUAAGAAGUUCUACCACCCCAGCACCAACCACACUGCUGUCCUGACCAAUAAAGAUGCUGGACGUCUGUGGUGCCUCUUCAACUUCCUGUCCGAGGACAAAUACCCACUAGUGCUGGUGGCAGAGGAAGUGCGGAAACCAAUUUUUAAUUCUAACGAAAUUAUAAGUAUAUACCAUGUAGAAUACCUACUGAAGAAGAUCUCUGGUUUGAUGACUGUUGAGCUGAACAGUGUGGAUCUGGAAGAGUUUUGGACGCAGGAGGGUGUACAGAGGGAGGGUGUGAAUGUGUGGAGCUUCCUGGAACUGGUGAACUCAGGGGUGUUGGGCCGAGGGCUGGGCACAGAAAGAGUCAGUUCAGCCACAGAGCAGAUGUAUCGCGAGAUAGUAGGCAACGUCCUGAAAGAGGGCUACCUGUGGAAGAAGGGGCACUUGCGUCGAAACUGGACUGAGCGCUGGUUCUGCUUGAAGCCGAGUACUCUGUGUUACUAUACCAGUGAAGACAGGAAGGAAUGUAAAGGCAGCAUUGAGCUUGACCAGAACUGCUGUGUGGAGAUCCUUCCUGAGAAGGAGGGUAAGAGGUGUAUGUUCUGUGUGAAAACCCUCAAUAAAACCUAUGAAAUGAGUGCUCCAGACAGCAAGCAGAGGCAGGAGUGGACAACAGCUAUCCAGACGGCGAUCCGUUUGCGGACUGAGGGGAAGAGCUCACUGCAUAAAGAGCUGAAGGCAUAUCGGCAGGAGGCACGAGAGGAGCGGGAGAAAAGACGUGCCUUACGAGAGCAGGAGACACAGAGGCUUCAGGCUCUGCAGGGAGAGAAGGAGCAGAAACAGUUGGAACUGGAGCUCCUGAAAGAGGCGCAGCGUCAGUCCCAGUCCUCCCUGGAGCAGGAGGAACAGAGGAGGCGCAAGCAGCAUGAAGAGUUGCAGAGAGCCCUGCAGCAACAACUACAGGAUGCAGAAGAGGCCCGUGUGAGCAUGCAGGAGGAGAUGGCUCUGAAAGAGGCAGAGGCAGAGCAUCAGAGGAGGAGGAUCAGGGAGCUGGAGGAGCUACAGCAGCGACUGGAGGAGGCACUACAACAGGAGAUCAAAGCCAGGCAGGACGAGGAGGCUUACCGUUAUGCGCAGGCCCGACUCCUUGCUGAGGAGGAGGAGAAGACGAAGGCUUUGCUGCUCCUGCAGGAGGAGCAGGAGGAGCUUCUGCAGCAGACCCAGCGGGAAAAGCAGGAGCUGUGCAGAAAGAUGGAGAAGAAGGCUCACUCCCUGGAGGAGGCACAAGCUCAGCUGGAGAAAGUCCGAGCCAGCCGGCACAGAGUUGACCAAGACAUAGCGGCCGCUCAGAGAAAACAGCGACAGGCCAGCACCAGUGUGAAGCACUGGAAUGUGCAGAUGACUCGGCUGAUGCACCCCAUCGGCCCAGGAGACCGGAGAGCGUCCGCCCCUGUCAGACGCAUGACCUCGCUGGGGGAGGACAUGAGGCAGGGAGACAGUCAGAACGGCGAGGGAAACAUCAACAGCUUUAGCGGCACAGACAGAGUGGAGAGAAAGAGUGGGGCGAAUAUAGACGCCAAGCCACGAAUGCUACAGAAAGCUUACUCUGAGCCUGUGUAGCACAUCACACACAUUAACAUCAUUAUUCUGUAUUAUAUCUCAAGUUCACUGCUAAACUCCUAAAGAAUUUCCUCUAUUUUAAAAAUCUGUAAAGUAAAUUACUGAGGUUUACAGAAAUAAAGAGUCAGACAUGUAGUACAAUUUC